AUGUCGACCAAACACUACACUCGGCGCCUCGCUAGCGCCUGGAGACGCACCGUCUCUACCUGCACGGCGGUGGAAAAGCCAUUCCCCGGCCAGAGUUCCAGUACCGGGCGGACUUGGGCUGAACCAAUUUACCACCAUCCAAGAUGGUCCGGCCGUUCGGUGUUCGCCUUGACAGCUAGCGCCGGAGCUCUGGGGUUCGGCCUUGCAGCAGCAGCGUUACAAGACCCGCCCAAAGGUGCCGUCAUGCUCUUCGAUAGCAAGACGCCGACCCCGGAAUAUGCAAACUUGAGGGAAAUGGAAGCCACACUGAGAGAGAUUCGCCAUGAAGUCAGUAGCAAAGGCGAGGAAGAGGACAUCAUCAGCACGGACCCUGACGACCUCCACGCACAUGGCUAUUCCGAAUGGUCGACCGUCAACCCUGAUGGCCUGCCGGUAGCCGUCGCUUACCCAAGGUCAACUGAGCAGGUGGCAAUCAUUGCCAAGAUCUGCCACAAGUACAGGGUGCCCAUCAUCCCGUAUUCGGGUGGUUCAAGCUUGGAGGGUAACUUCUCGGCGCCUUAUGGCGGCAUAAGUGUUGAUUUUGCCUAUAUGGACCAAAUCAUUCAGUUCAACAAAGAGGACAUGGACAUUGUGGUGCAGCCAAGCAUUGGAUGGCAGGAUCUCAACGAGCAGCUGAGUAACAUAAGCAGUGGGCUUUUCUUCCCGAUCGACCCUGGCCCAAGCGCCAAGAUCGGUGGCAUGAUCGGUACCAAUUGCUCCGGGACCAAUGCAGUUAAAUACGGCACGAUGAAGGACUGGGUCAUCAACCUCACGGUGGUCUUGGCAGAUGGGACCAUAAUCAAGACGAGGAAGCGCCCAAGGAAAAGUUCGGCGGGCUACAACCUCAACGGGAUCUUUGUGGGCAGCGAGGGUACCCUUGGCUUGGUCACAGAAGCCACUCUCAAACUCACGGUCAUUCCCGAAGACUUCUCGGUGGCUGUCGUUACGUUCCCCACCAUCCGCGAUGCCGCGUCCGCCGCCGCCGGGGUGAUGCAGGCCGGAAUCCCCGUCGCGGCUAUGGAGAUUAUGGACGAGGUGCAGAUGAAAGUUGUCAACCUAGGAGGCGCCACGGCCCCACGGGUAUGGAAGGAAUCGCCUACGCUCUUCUUCAAGUUCUCUGGAACGAAGGCCGGCGUUCAAGAAAACAUCACGCGCGUUCAGGGGAUUACAAAGGCCAACAAGGGCGGCAACUUUGAAUUUGCCAAGGACCAGCUGGAGCAAAAGCUGCUGUGGUCUGCAAGAAAAGAGUCACUGUGGUCGAUGUUGGCUCUGAGAAAAGAGGGCGAGGAAGUCUGGAGUACUGACGUAGCCGUACCAUUCAGCCGCUUGGCCGACAUCAUCGAGGUCAGCAAGAAGGAGAUGGACGACCUGGGUCUCUUCGCCUCUAUCCUGGGACACAUUGGGGACGGCAACUUCCACGAGAGCAUCAUCUACAACAGCACCAAGAAGGAUGAGCGCGACAAGGUCGAGAUGUGCGUCACGAACAUGGUCAACCGGGCCCUGGAGAUGGAGGGCACAUGCACGGGCGAGCACUCCAUCGGCUGGGGUAAGAAGGCGUCGCUGUUGAAGGAGGUCGGCCCGGAGACCUUGGCGGUGAUGAGGCAGAUCAAGAUGGCCCUGGAUCCCCUGUGGAUCAUGAACCCGGGGAAAAUAAUGGAUCUUCCUUGA